GAUGCGUCGUGCACCAUUUGCACACCAGAUCCGCGUGACAGGACAAUUGAUGUUAAAAUCACUCACGUCUGCAUGACACAAAAGGCUAACCAUGAAGGCUAAGCUGUGGAGGUCGACACUGCUGUGCUUUUCAUUGUUGUUCCUUUCACGCGAUGUCCGAAGUCAAAACCGAAGAAACCAAACGAACCUGAGCACAACAGAUGGAAAGGUUCUGGUGUGUGCGCUGGAGUUGGCCUUCCUCCUGGACAGCUCAGAGAGCGCCAUGUCGUACGGCUUUGCGAAGGAGAAGGAGUUUGCGCUCUCGUUUGGUGCUCGGGUAAUGAAGAUGCAGGUCGACGGCUGGCACCUAAUGCCCCGCCUCGCCGCUCUCCAGUACAGCAGCGCCGUGUCCAUCGUGCAGAGCUUCUCUGACUGGCACAGCCUGGACCGCUUCCAGGACAUUGUAUCCUCCAUGCCCUACAUCGGGCAGGGCACGUACACAUCCUACGCCAUCGGGAACGCCACGGACCUCUUUGUACGUGAAACCAACGACAAGAGCGUAAGGGUGAUACUGCUGAUGACUGAUGGCGCCGACCAUCCACGGAGUCCUGACAUCCUGUCUGCGACCACAGAGGCCAAAGGUCACAACAUCAAGCUCUUCACCAUCAGCUUGUCAUCACAGGGCAGCAAAAAAAGCCCCAAGCUACAAGCCAUGGCUAGCAGUCCAGCACACCAGUUUGUGCACAACCUCAAUGAUCUAGGCAUCGAAGAGAAACUGCUUCAGGAGCUUAAAAAAAUAACCAGCAGUGAAUGUCCACGAGUGAAAGCGUGUGUGUGUGAGAAAGGAGACAGAGGACCUCAGGGAAACCCUGGGGAAAAAGGAGAUCCAGGGACUGAAGGACUGCCAGGACAAAAAGGUGUAAAGGGCGACAUCGGACCAACAGGACCCCUGGGACCAGACGGGCCUGAGGGACGACCUGGGUACAAAGGUGAUAAGGGUGACAGAGGAGAAUGUGGAGCUCCUGGAUUAAAAGGAAAUAAGGGUGCUGAAGGACCUCCAGGACCGAGAGGUGCCCGAGGAGAGCAGGGUCCCCAAGGGCCACCAGGGGAUGAAGGACCUGAAGGACAAGAAGGCCCCAAAGGGGAUCGUGGACUUCCUGGUGCGACCGGACCUCGAGGGGAUAUAGGUGUUGGAUUUCCCGGGCCUAAGGGGGACAAGGGAAACCAGGGAAGACCGGGUCCUGUAGGUCCGAUCGGAAAAGGAGAACCAGGCCAACCUGGACCACCAGGAUUUCCAGGGCUUCAAGGGGCCCCUGGCUUCCCUGGACAGGGGCUAGUAGGACCAAAGGGGGAUCAAGGAUAUAACGGUUCAACUGGAGCACGUGGACCACCAGGUUUUGCCCCGAAGGGUGAAAAGGGGAAUCCUGGGCGCCAUGGGCCUCCUGGUCCCAUAGGACCUAUUGGGGUGGGAAUACAAGGAGAAAAGGGGUCCCAGGGUCCAAUAGGUCCACCUGGUCCCAGAGGGCUCCCAGGGAUAAGCCUCGCUGGUGAAAAGGGAGAUCGUGGCUUCCCAGGAGAACAUGGACAACAAGGACAGAAAGGAAUUGGAGAGCCAGGAGCCAAGGGUGAGCCUGGCCUUCAAGGUGUUCCAGGGGAGCCAGGUGCUCCAGGUGAAGACGGAGCAAGAGGAGCAAAGGGUGAAACCAGUCUUCCUGGACCUAGAGGACCAGAGGGACCUCCUGGUAAAGGUCUACCUGGAGAAAAGGGCGAGCCAGGAGAGAGAGGAGCAAGAGGACCACCAGGAUUCAUAGGACCAUUGGGUCCAGUAGGGAGAAAGGGAGAACCAGGAGGUUUGGGGCUUCCUGGGGAUACUGGACCUCCAGGAAAAGGAGUACCUGGAAGUAUGGGGGAUCCUGGGCCACCUGGACUUCCAGGACCUGCUGGAGAAAACGGAAUAGGUUUCCCAGGGCCAAAGGGUGAAAAAGGGAUUCCAGGACCUUUAGGACCACAAGGGCUGAAGGGAGAUGGCUAUCCUGGACCACCUGGUCCUCCAGGCGACAAGGGACUACCUGGAGAGCCCGGUCCAGCAGGGAUAGGCUUUCCUGGACCAAAGGGUGAUCAAGGUUCUACAGGACCUCCAGGGCCAGUAGGGCCAUCAGGAAUUGGACAUGUAGGCCAAAAGGGUUCUAUAGGUCAGACCGGCCCACCCGGCCCAAAUGGGCCCCCAGGAGAGGGAAUCCAAGGCCCAAAGGGUGAGCCUGGAUUUCAGGGAUUGGUGGGACCAAGAGGAGCCCCAGGAGAGGGUUUACCUGGGCAAAAGGGGGACCGUGGGUUUUCAGGAGAACGAGGACGUAAAGGGGAUAAAGGAGGACAAGGGGAACCAGGAGAAACAGGGCCAUACGGAAGACCAGGCCAAAAAGGAGAACCCGGUCUUACUAGAGAAGAAGUUGUCAAAUUAAUUCAAUCCAUUUGUGGUUGUGGGGUGACUUGCAGAUUCAGCCCCUUGGAGCUGGUUUUCGUGAUCGACAGCUCGGAGAGUGUCGGUCCCGACAACUUCGAAAUCAUUAAAGACUUUGUGAAUGGACUGAUUGACCGCGUUUCCGUCGGGCCCAAUAUCACACAUGUUGGCAUUGUGCUGUACAGCCACAUGACUGCUGUGAUCAGUGAUCUUCAUCGACCCUUGAGCCGUGAUGAGGUGAAAUCUGCCGUACGCCGAAUGUCCUACAUGGGGGAGGGAACCUACACGGGAAGCGCCAUCCAUGAGGCCAAUCAGCUGUUCCGCUCGGCCCGCCCUGGAGUUCGGAAAGUGGCUCUGGUGAUUACAGAUGGCCAGGUGGACCAACGGGAUGUGGUUAAGCUGAAGGAUGCGGUCAGAGAUGCGCACACCACCAACGUCGAGACGUUCGUCAUCGGUGUGGUGAAUCAGAGUGAUCCGUUUUAUGAAAGCUUCAAUAAAGAGCUGGAGUCCAUCGCGUCUGACCCAGAUGAGGAGCACAUUUAUCUGAUUAGUGACUUCAGGACACUCACUGUAAUAGAGAGCAAGCUUCUGGUUAAACUCUGCGAGGGCAGUGACGGCUUGUUUAGGCAAACGCCCAGUCCUGAUCUCCUCCCGGUAACGCCCGGACUCAACAUCCAGACCUUUAAACCUUUAAUUACACAGAAAGGAGCAUCUGCAGGAACCUUAGACAGCACCAGAGCUCCAUCCUUUAACAGAGAGAAUGGGAACCGCCUGUAUGAUCCGUCGGACAUCGUGAGACCAGUCCAACCACAGACCACCACCACUGAGCCAAGCCUAAUACUGAUUCAGGAUGAAUUUAUUAAAGGUGACGCCUGCCUGCAGCCGCUCAACCCCGGGCCGUGCCGCGCGUACACAGUGAAAUGGUAUUACGAACCCAAGGCCAACUCCUGUGCUCAGUUUUGGUUCGGAGGUUGCCACGGCAACCGUAAUCGGUUCGACACGGAGAGCGACUGCAAGAAAUCCUGCGUCAUAAACAAUCUGCCUCGCUGACCAUUAAGUAAUGAAGAAAAGAUUCAAGGUUAUAAACCAAAGAGAUUUCCUGAAGCUGAGCUGCGGUGUGUUACAGGCAGGAAGGUUAAGGAGACGGAGGAACACGAAUAUGAAUACUUUCACGACAGCGGGCCUCAUUUAUCCAGUUCAUGAAGAAAAAAAAAAGCUUAUAUCUCUCACGCGUCGGUGUAAAUCACUUACACGCUACUAUUAUUUCAAUACGAUUCGCCAUUCGAUUAAGACGGAAGUUGACAUUGUGGAAAGCUCACAAUGUGUCUAUGGAAUAUUUAUCGUAAGCCAUUGAGUCGUCAUUUUGUUUUGGGAGUUUUGUGGGCGUGGCUAAACAUUCCCAAUUAAUUUACUUAAAUUAAACUGUUUGGAUUUCAUCAACAUUUGCACGAGAGUACGAAAGUCCAGAAAACAUUCGCACGCGAGACGAUUUAACGAGUGAUAAAUGAGGCCCACUGUGGGAUCACUUACCUUAUCUUUAAAUAUACGUUCCUCGACAGUAUAAAGGUUUGUUUCCUUAUAUAUUACAGAAACACUUAAUUAACAAUCAUUUCAUCAGUGAAUCUCACUCUUUCCAUAGUUUAUCACGUAUAUCAUGUAAAAUAAAAAUAAAUAAAUAAAUAAAAAUACGGCAUCAGAAGUGUCGUAUACAAUACGUCUAUGUUUAACGGGUUUCAGUUCGGAGCUGUAUUUCUCCGAGUGUUCAUGCUUAUAAUCUUGUUUCAUAGUGUUCUUAAGUACAAUAGUGUUUAAUUAACUCUAAUCAAGAAUCUUACAAAUUCCUGUCUCGCGUUAAAUUCCCUGGACGACGUCGUUCGUUUUCGCGUUCUCGCUUUUAUCACAAUAGCCUUUCCGCCAAUAAGCUGCAUGUCUCACGCGAGAAGAAUCAUCCUGCUUCGUCUUUCCAUCAGUUAAACACCUUUAUACGGGACUCAAUUAACGUGAAACACGGAGACUAAAUUUAAAAUCGGUUAAAAAAUCGGAAAUCGAUUCAGAAAACAUUUAGAAAAAAAAAUAUUUAAAACAAAAAUUGUGUUUUUUGGCUCGUGUAAAA